ACCGAGUGAUGUGCAGACUCUGGUGAGCGGAUGAGCUCUGGGCCUGGGAUAGAUGCCAGGACGACUGGGGUCUGCUUGGAAAGGGAGAAAGUCUGAGAGGGUCAGAGACAGGAUGCAGACGUCCUCAGGGACCUCACCCUUACAACUCUAGGCACGGAUGUGUGGGUAGACGUCCAGAGGACUCCGAGCAGAAAAAGGGUCAGCCACAUGAAGCAUAUGGGAUGGGGGGAGCAAAGGGCCUGGGGACCCCUGGGCCACUGGCCCAGUGUCCAACAGGCGGACGAAGAGUUGAACACAGGGGGAAUUCUCAUUCCAUAUCCCCACCCGGCGCAGAGAGGAAUCCGCAGCUGCACGCAGAACUGAAGAGAGAGGAGGCGGGCAGCGGACCCUGGGUACCCACAUCAUGACCAGCUGUCGCCACCACUCGGGAUACCUGGCGGACGAUGAGGCCGGCCACACUCCAUACCUGGCCCGGGUGCCGCCACCUAAGAAGCCAGCAUUCCCCAAAAUGGGGCAGACCUCCAGGCUGGGCCACAUGCCACACCCACCAUCGAUGUAUGGCCCCUCAGGUAGUUCAGGGCCUCGCAGCCACCGUCAAAAGUUGAGGGGCCCUCGGCCCUUUGGUAGCUUCCUGGAUUUCCUUGUUGAGGGCCAGGUGUUGGACAGCCUGCAAAGGGUGGUGGAGGAGGCAGCUGAGCGCAUGGCCACCAUGAAGACAAAGACUGGGGUGCCACUGGUGGAGGUGCAGGACCCAGUGGAGGUGCCAAGGGGUGGGCGGCGGGUGCGUUCCCGGCCCAGCCACAGCACUGUGCAUCGGCACCGAGUUAAGCCCAGCCUCUGCACUGGGCACCCCAACAACUACCCAUCCUGCUCCAGUUCCAUGUCUGACUCACACAGCAGCAUCACAGCUGGCUGUUUGGGCUCCCACAGCCAGGGCAGCAACCUGAGCUGCCAUGGUGUGGGCCCACUGCCACCCUUGAGGGACAGACUUUUGCAGGAGAAGAGUCUCAAACGGCUGCUGCGGCUGGAGAACAGAGGGAAAAGCCUGGGGCAGUCCUGCUCCCAGGGGGACUCUCUGCUGUGGGACUCGCUGGGCUCAAGUUCGGGCAUUCUCGCAGCAUCAGAGCUGGGUCCUGGAGAGAGAGAGCCAGUCUUCCUCCAGAGAGAGUUCAACAAGGAGGUCACGUCCUUGCUGAGCCAGCCGGAGUCCUUCAACUUGCCUGGCUACUCUGCACUCCGUGAGCCCCAUCUGACCCUAGACUUCCUGGCCAAGCACCACCUCUUCCCUGCCCUGCAGAGUGUGGUCAACCAGGCCGUGGACAAGCUCAGUGGCUCCCGCCGCCACAAUGGCUGCCCUCUCUUCCCAUCAGAAUGGGAGCCCAGCACAAGGCCCAAUUUGGAAACUUCCAAGGAGGCCAUACCCAUCGAAGGGGAGGAGGAGCCCUAUGAUUCUCUGCCCACCACAGCCUCCAGCUACAAGAUGAGUCGAAAAAAGAGCAGCAAGUCUAGAGGACGGGGCAAGCUGAAGGAAUGUGAUUCUCCUGUGCCUAGUGCCCAAGGGGUCACCAAAUUCAGGCUCCAAGUGAUACCCACAGAAGAGACCAAGACCCCCAAUUACGAGUCCAUGAAGAAGACGAGACUGCCCUCCAUCUCAUCCAAGUCCACGGCCCACCUGUCCAACCCCUGCUAUGAGGAGCUUGUCAACUAUUUGAUGGAGCAGGCUGUCUCCUUGCUUGUUUGCAAGUACAAGUUUGAGAUGAACCUCGCCAAACAGCUGGGCUUCAUCUCCUUUCCCAUCACCGAAACGCUCAUGGACCUCUUGCUGGGCUUCAAGAAGGUGAAAGGCUCCCACAUCUGCCUGUCCUCAGCGGUCGACUGGAGCUGUCUGCUGCGAAAGCUGGAGGAGGCCCAGUGGGAACGGCAGGUGCCCCAGGAGGUGCCCCAGGAGGUGCCCCAGGAGGUGCCCCAGGAGGUGCCCCAGCAGGCAUCUCAGAAUGACACCUCCCAUCUCACUGCCUCCCGCAGGAGCACUUCCCAACAGAGCAGAGAAUCCUACUCCACCUUACCUAAGCCAGGCAUUGUCACGGAUCAGAAGGUGGCUGAGGGGGAGGACCUCCACACUGAGGUGUUGGUCCCCCAGCUGCUCACCCCUCAGGAGAACAAUAUGGCUGAGGAGCAGGAGCCUAGGAACCUCUCGGAGCCCAAGCUCUCCAUGCCCUACGGUGCUGGUGUGGACUCCAACCCGUAUGAGCAUGUAGUGGCCACGGAGCAGAGCCAGAGCAGUGAGGAGAAGGAGGAAGACAAGAACUAAAAAUUUGGGGGUGAUGAGAAUAAGACCUAGAGAACCCUCAAGCCUCAAGUGGAGGCAGAGAUCAGCCACUCCACAGAUGGCCCCGAGAUCCCCCUCAAGUCCCGCUAAGCUGAACCUGAGUUCCAGAUUUUCUGCUCUUCCUCCCUCCCUCCUGCUUCAGGGAAACACUGCCCACCCUGCCAGCCCCUGCCCUGAGCUGAGGUCAGAAUGGGCUAAAUGCUCACAAGGAACUCUGCUCAGCCUCUCAAGAGAGCCAACAGGAAAAAUAAAGUUUCUGUUGAUGGAGCAGUUUUCUAGUCCAGCACUUUGAGCCUCCCUUCCAUGCACAUGCUUACCUGCCCUUGAGUAGCACCUCCAGUGGGCCAGGUCUGGCUGCAUCUGGCCUUCGUGACAGCUGGCAGUCCUCUGGACCCCGUGACCUCACACGCUCUGUUGAACACAAAUCCCUGUUCAGGGCUUUUCUCUACUCCUGUCUACUGCAUCUUCCUGGCUCUUCAAGCCGUCAGGGCUCAUGGUUCCCCUCCAUCACAGCCCCUGUGUAUCAUGGCUCCUGCUUCCAGAGGGCGGCUCCUCCGCCACGGUGGCUCCCUCCUCCCUUUGACAUGCCACAUCUCACGUUCUGACUGAGGGAACACGCUUUCCUGUUGCUCCCACGGCUACCUGUCUUCCUAAUUUGUAUUUCUCACCUCCAACUUCUGAAACUGGAGGUUCCAUGCCAAGCCACAUGGGAGCUGCUGGUUGGUCAAGCACAGGAUUGGCUGCCCCAGGUUGGUCACAUGACUACCGUUUUUGCAGUGGCCCUGGGCAGGACCACUCUACUCUCUCCAGAAGUGUCUGUGGGCAUGGCAGGUAUCAUCUGCAAGGAUCUCCAGGGACUUCUGGCCUUUCUGUGCCACAGCUCA